UUGAUAAUAGUGGAUUACAUGUCAGCAGACUACAUAAGCCUUGAAAAAAAAUUCACUUCAUUUUAUUUUACGUCAAAUGAAACUUUGACAGAUCAUUAUUUACGUUAAAAAAAUAAGGAAAAAAAAUCAGCAGAUAGUCCGCCGGUGGAAAAAUCGUCAGCAGGACAAUUGAAAGCGCAAAAUAGGUAUAUAACUAUGGUAAAAAGCAAUCAAAUAAAUUAUUCAGCUGAAAAUUUUAUCCCUAACGAAUAUUCUGCUGACCCUUAUUUUCAUUCAAUGUAUUGUUUAAUGCAUCUUCAAUCAAAACCAUCAUCAGCAUCAAGCUUGGCAGUAGAAUCAGCAACAAGCAACCGAAAUGAAUUAAAUAUAACUACAGACGAUGAUGGUGUUGAUGAUGAUGCUGAUAGAAGCUACCAAAAUCUAGAAAGAGAAGCAGCUGUGGAUGAUGAUGAUCUGACUGAUGAAGCCGCUGCUAUGGAUACUUCUGAUGAAGAUGAACAACAGUCGAAUACUGGAAAUUCAGCAGAAGACAGAUGUAGUGCACAGAAUGUAGCCCAAGACGGCGACAACGAGAAAAACGAUGCGGUUUGCAUAUUUUGCAACAAAAAACGAAAAAAAAUUCGUGAUCGAGAGCAACAAUUACAAAAAUGUUUAAUGGGUAGUGUUAUUGAUACAAUAAAAUGUGAAGCUAGUGAAAUGGGUGAUGAAGAUUUAAAAGAAAAAUAAUUAAAGAGUGUGAAAAUAAUUCAAUUAUAUUUUAUCACAAAGUC